AACCAAUCCACAUCUCGUCUUCAGUCCUGCGUUCUUCUUCUGCUUCAACUAUGGACCAGUUGAAACCUAGUACUGCAAAUCUCUGCCGUCAAACCCCCCUUGACUUCUUGGAACGAGCAGCUAUCGUCUACGGCGACUGCCCCUCCAUCAUCUACAGCUCCACCACCACCUUCACCUGGUCCCAAACCCACCGUCGAUGUCUCCAGCUGGCCUCCUCCAUCUCCACCGUCGUCGACAAGUCCCAGGUUGUCUCCGUGGUGGCCCCCAACACUCCUGCCAUGUACGAACUCCAGUUCGCUGUUCCCAUGUCGGGAGCCAUCCUCAACAACAUCAACACCCGCUUCGACCCCCACGCCGUCUCCGUGAUCCUCCAACACAGCCAAUCCAAGCUCGUCUUCGUCGACUCCCUCUCCCUCACCCUCGUCCUCCACGCCCUCUCCUUGUUCCCCUCUCACAUCCCAACUCCGCCUCUCGUCCUCAUCAACGAUCUUCACUCCACUUCCAGCUCAGUCUCCGCCGUCGACCUCGUAGUCGACACGUACGACAACAUGGUGGCGAAAGGCGACCCCGGAUUCGUUUGGGUCCGGCCGGCAAGCGAGUGGGACCCGAUGGUGCUCAACUACACGUCAGGGACGACGUCGGCUCCGAAAGGCGUAGUGCACUGCCACAGGGCUCUGUUCCUCGUCAGCCUAGUCUCUAUCAUCGACUGGUCGGUACCCAAGAACUGUGUGUACCUGUGGACCCUACCGAUGUUCCAUGCCAACGGGUGGUGCUUCCCGUGGGCCAUGGCCGCCGUGGGUGGGACCAACAUCUGCCUCCGCAAGUUCGACGGUCCUGUAAUCUACGAUCUCAUUCAGAAACACAGAGUCACUCACAUGUGCGCUGCACCUGUCGUUCUCAACAUGCUGGUCAACCACCCGAGACCCGACCCGCUUCCGAACCCGGUUUGCAUCUUGACCGGCGGAGCUCCGCCUCCUUCGAGCGUGCUGCUCCGGGCGGAGUCGCUAGGGUUUGUUGUCAGUCACGGCUACGGGUUGACUGAAACGGCCGGUGUGGUGGUGUCGUGUGCGUGGAAGCCGGAGUGGGGUAAGUUUCCGGUGACGGAGAAGGCGAGGUUGAAGGCCAGGCAAGGAGUGGGGACGGUUGGGACGACGGAGGUGGAUGUGGUGGAUCCGGAUUCGGGUUUGAGCGUGAAGCGAAACGGGUCUGAUAUUGGAGAGAUCGUUAUUCGAGGCGGGUGCGUCAUGUUGGGCUAUUUGAAAGACCCGGAAACGACGAGCAGAGCCCUGAAACGUAACGGGUGGUUUUACACCGGCGAUGUCGGGGUUAUGCAUCCGGACGGGUACCUGGAGAUAAAGGACCGAUCCAAGGACGUGAUCAUAAGCGGUGGAGAGAACUUGAGCAGCGUGGAGGUGGAGUCGGUUCUGUACACCCACGCCGCCGUGAACGAGGCGGCUGUGGUGGCCAGGCCUGACGAGUUUUGGGGGGAGACGCCUUGCGCGUUUGUGAGCCUGAAGGGUGACGUAAGCCCGAGGCCGACGGAGAAGGAGAUAAUAGAGUAUUGUAGAGGGAAGCUGCCGAGUUUCAUGGUCCCGAAGACGGUGGUGUUCAAGGAGGAGCUGCCGAAGACGUCGACGGGGAAGAUUCAGAAGUCUGUGCUGAGAGAGAUUGCUAAAAGUAUUGGGUCAUCGUCGGCGUCGACGAUGAUUAGUCGAUUGUAAUGGAGACAUUAACGAAUAAUAAAGUUGAUCGAUGCAUGUGUUAAAGGGGAAUUUCUGCUAUACCAAACGGUCCAAACCCGUGUUGAAGAAGAUUCUGUUUGUAUUUGGUCUAUUUUUAUAAUUAAUUGUCUUCAUCCCUGCCGGACUGGGAUCGUCAAUUACUAUGAUAAAUAAGACCUAUUUUUCAAGUUA